AAUAACUCUGGUCCUCUUUUUUUUUGCGAAACAUGAGAGAGAAUAAUAAAACUAGACAAUCCAUGAUCAGUUAUUCCCAUUUGUACACGUAUGGGCAGCAGCAGCAGCAGCAGCAACAGCAACAUGCACAACCGUCAUCACCACACGACACAUUUCAGAGUUUGCAUGACUCUGGAUGGGACUCUAAAGAGUUGGAACACAAUGGUCGAUCCUCACCGCGACAACAGCAAGAACAGCAGCAAACAUACCACUCGCCGUCUUUAUCAAUAGUAAACGGCACCUCGGGAUCGUUAUCAGGAACAUUACCCACUUUUACGUUUAUGCCCCCGCAUCAACAUAACUCGGGCCAAUUGUCGCCACAGCUUCAAUUAUCUGUGCACCCAUUGAUGAAGUCGUCAGAUCAAGAUCAACAAGGCGACGAUCAGGACUCGCGACAACAACGACAGCAACAGCAUGGUCAUGAACAACAGCAACAACAAUACCAUCAGAACACACUUGGUUCCCAUGACGCUUCUUCUCAUGCUCAUAUGGCUACCCGCUCCGAAAAUCUUAGUCAUCAUUUUGGAAGCUUCUCAUCUGAUAUGGUAUUCGCAAACUCGUUUAAUGUCCAGCACGUAUACCACCCAGUUGACAUGAGCAGUAUCGUGCACGCGCCUGGUAUGACAGUAAAUGAUUUAUCUGCGAGAUUACCCCCGUUGAAUCCCGAUGUCGUUAAUACUCAGCCGAACGUGACACUAGCCCGAACAUCUGUGCUCUCUGAGCUUGAUAUACCUUCUUCUUCUCACCACCAUCAUCAAUAUCAACAACAACAACAACAACAACAACAGGAUCACGUGGAACAUCAACCGAAACGACCGAAACUAACCCAACAACAGCAACAGCAACAAAUCCAUCCGCAACAACCCAAAGUCAGCCGGGAACGCGCACCAUGGACACCCGAAGAAGACAAUCUGUUGCGACUGGCCGUCCAGUUGUAUGGCGACAAGACUGAGAAAUGGGCCAAGAUUGCGGCAUGCGUGCCUGGCCGGACCAACAAAAACUGUCGUAAACGAUGGUUCCAUUCACUCGACCCAUCGCUUCGCAAAGGUGCAUGGACAGAUGAAGAGGACCAGUUGCUGCGUGAGGGCGUCAUGCGAUUCCCGAACCAGUGGAGUAAGAUUGCGGACAUGUUGGAAGGUCGGACAGAUGACCAGUGCGCGAAACGAUGGCGCGAGAGUCUCGAUCCUACCAUUGAUCGCUCGGACUGGACGCCCACCGAAGAUCAGCGGCUGAUGGAGAAAUACGAAGAGUAUGGGUCGCAGUGGCAAAAGAUUGCGCAGUUCUUUGAUGGUCGACCCGGCUUACAUUGUCGCAACCGAUGGCGUAAACUGCAACGGAUGAUGCAAAUGAAGAAAGAAAAGGAAAAUGCUGCGGCUGCGGCGGUGGCAGCAUUGCCCGCUACAACAUCGUUUAUCAACGGUUUGGCAGACGAACAUAUUUCGCGUUUACAAAACUCGGCUUUUGCUUCUUCUUCUUCGUCGUCGUCGUCUUCAUCAUCAAAUCAUAACAACAAUGACAACUCGACAACACAUAUGCAACAACAACCAUCGACAUCGUCUUCCAUAUCAUCUUCAUCAGAUUCGUCGUUAUCGUCAUCCAACAUUUUGGCGGACCAGCAGCAACAGUUGGCAUUGAACGGUGGGAAUGUUGAUGCAGGAACGAUGCAUGGUAAUAAUAGCAAUGGCGGUGAACCCCAUAGCGACUUGAAUCCAUAUGGCUGCGCUAUACCCGGGUGCUACACCAGCUUUUUCCAAUCCAGUGGCCUGUUCUAUCACAUGAAGAGCGCGCAUCCGAACUUGGAAACUUACGACAAGCCGUACCGAUGUGCCAUACCGAGUUGCAUCAAGCGAUACAAGAACAUCAAUGGGUUGCAGUAUCAUUUGCGCGAAGCGAAAGGCUCGUCUGGACACGGCGCUUACUCUAACAGGACAAGGGCAGUCGUCAAAACCCACGACAGCAUGGUGGCAUCUCUACCACCCUCAUCGACAUCAUCUUCAUCAUUGCAUCAACAAGAAUCGUCCGCAUUGACACGGUGAUGGAACGGGAGAUCUAUUUUUUUUUUUUUGCAUUUCUAUAUAAUCUACAGCCUUUCUUUCCCUCUUCCCAUACAUACUGUUUUUCUACAUAUAUUCCCGGUACAGAACAUCUUUUUCUCUCUCUCAGCAGUAUACAUAUUCAACAACCUAUUAC